AUGGCUCUCCCCAAAGAAUCAAUCCUUUCUAUAGCAGACUUGAAGAAUGCAGCGGACAAGAAACUCUCUGUUUCUGCCAGAGAAUUCUACAACUCCGGCGCAACAGACCAAAUCACCGUCAACGAAAACUCAUCCGCCUUUGACAAGUACCGAAUUAGACCUCGAGUUCUCCGCGAUGUCUCGGGCGUAAACACCAAAACCACCCUAUGGGGCUCGGAAAUCGCUUUCCCGCUUUGCGUUUCCCCGGCUGGUCUUCAGGCCAUGGCGCACCCGGACGGUGAACUGGCCACGAGUCGAGCAUGCGCUUCCAGGAAUGUCUCCAUGGGCAUCUCCUCGUUUGCCAACUACUCCGCGGAGGAUAUCACCUCCGCCGGAAGAGCGGUGGGCCCAAUAACACACGCCAUGCAGAUGUAUACCAUGAACGACCGCGUUCUGGAAGAGCGCAUGAUCCGCCGCGCCGAGGAGGCAGGCUGCAAAGCCAUCCUGCUCACGGCUGACAGCCCCGUGCUGGGAGUGCGGUAUAACGAGUGGCGUAACGAUUUCCGGACGCCCGAGGGAUUGGGAUUCCCCAUUCAGGAACGGUCGACGGAACAGGUUCGCUCCACGACGCAUGAUGAUGGGUUUGUGGCGUUCACGUCGGAUUCGCAUUCGUGGGCGCGCGAGAUUCCGUGGCUGAGGAAGGUGAGUAACAUGGAGAUUUGGAUUAAGGGGGUUCUUACCACGGAGGAUGUGGAGUUGGCUAUCGAGUAUGGCUGUGAGGGGGUGAUUGUCAGUAAUCAUGGUGGGAGACAGUUGGAUGGUGUAGCGGCCACCCUUGAUGUGUUGCCAGAAUGUGCCAAAGCAGCCAAGGGGAAGAUCAAGCUGUUUAUGGAUGGAGGAGUGAGGUCUGGCCAGGACAUUUUCAAAGCGCUGGCUCUUGGGGCGGAUGGUGUCUUUGUUGGAAGGCCGAUGCUUUGGGCUUUGGCUUAUAACGGCGAAGAAGGCGUCAAAUUGAUGCUGGAUAUUCUUUACAACGAGUUCAAGCGAUGCAUGCAGUUGACUGGCUGUCAGUCCAUCUCAGAUAUCACCCCAGCAUGUCUGGGAAUUGUGCGUGCAGAUGGACCUUUGGCGAGGUUGUAA